UUCCGUCUGCUCCUCUCCCCCCCCUGCCCACAACGCUAAGAAACCAAGAAACCCGCUCGCUCGCCACCGUCCGCCUCCGCUCCCGCAGCAGCAGCACCGGCGCGCGGCGGCGAUGGAGUUCUUCCCCGACGGGGACUACGUGCGGCUGCGGAGCAGCGUGCGCGGUAUGUACCUCCACGCCGACGAGGACGGGGCGGGCGUCUCCCUGAGCCCGCGCCGCGCCGCCCGCGCGACGCUGAACGCGGCGUGGCGGGUGGAGCGGAUCGUGCGCGACGGCACCACGUACGUCCUCCUCCAGGGCGCCGCCUACGGCCGGUACCUUGCGGCCUCGUUCGCGCCGGCGCCGCCCGGCCACCUCGGCCAACGCGUCCACGCGAGGGACCACGACGUGCCGGAGGUGGACGCCAUCAGGUGGAAGGCCGUGAGGGCGGAGGACGGGGACGAGGACGACAUCGUCUUGCGCCACGUCACCAACCGCCUCCUCCGCGCCAACGGCAGGUACCGCCCGUGGUACACUGGCGUCACCGUCGACGACUACGCCAACCUGUGCACGAUGAUGCAUUGGGUGGUCGAGGCCAUCCCACUGAGACCGCCGCCACUCCUUCUGCCGCCAUUUCUGCAGAAUCAAGGAGGCCACGGCGGCCUGUUCUGGCGGCGCGCCGAGCCCGUGGUAGAGUGGCGGCGGAUAAUCAGGUUCGUGCGGGCGGACGAUCUCGGGAACUUCAACCCCCUCGGCUGGGCCACGUUCCAAUUCAACGGCCGGUCCGUGUUCCUCCUGAGGAGCGAGCUGGGGCACCGUCUGAACGCAGCCUUCAUCUUCACCAUAACGGUGUGCGUGAAGCCCGGCUUCUACGGUCGGCUGACCCCUCUGCUGGGCAACCUUCCUUGCAGCGAGGAGCCCAUGGACAUCUUUGUCCUCAACACCGGGUCACAAGCUGCUGAGGAGUUGCGGUACCCAGAUGUUGAUGCGCCGUAGAGGAAUACAAGAGCAGGACUUCUGACAACAACAUCACAAUUCAUCUCCUCAGAAAUCAAAUGUAUUGCUGCUUCAGAUACAGGGACAUGAGAACUGGUUGUCCUUCUUGUUGUUCGGAUAGUUUCAGAAAACUCAGCAUAUCUUCUGUUCCUGGCAGUUAGGUUCGAUGCAUUCUCCUGACAGGAAGCUGAUUGUUUCGGUCUUUCAGUUUCAGACCUUUCAAACUGUUGAAAGCGUUAUGCGGAAAUGAUACUGAACGGUUUUACGCCGCGACAUUGGUUGCAGUUUCCAUAUUCAUCUGUACUGGGUGAUAAUAACAAUACAUGUUGCUUGUUUUCUCGGUACCUAGCUGCUGAA